CGAUUCUUCUGUAUAGUUUUAAAAGUGAAAUUACGUAACAUAAAAGAGAUAAAUAGUCUUGUCUCCUUCCACAGACUUCAUGUUCUGUAGUAACCUUUUUGUGAAAGAGAUAGGAAGUCUCCGAUAACCUGGUGUCUCAUAGGUAAAGACUACAGGAACCAGUUUUGAAACCAAACAUGAUUUAGACAUGCUGACAUCAACCAAUCACAACUCUUGCACCAGGACAGCCCAAGAGGAAGUCGUUUGUACAGCGUGCUCGUUUUGGCGGUUGAUCUUGUUUGAGUAUAUAGUCAUCAACUCUCCUGCAGACCUUAUCAGUUUGCUACACGUCUCCGACUAGUGGAACAUACAACUUUUUUCUGCUCUUAGCAACUCAAUGGUCAGCUCUUUGUGAUUUAGGUUUAGACUGCCAAUCAAAGGAGAUUUCUUGAUUGAGGAUCUGUUACUUUUAUCCAUUUUCUUGGAGUUUUGAGGCUUUUUUAUAAUCACCAUGCCAAUCCUUAUCCCGACAAUCUUGACGAUGCCCAAGUCUACCAGACGAGGCAGGUUUAUUAAACCUCUUCCAGUCCAGAUAGAUGGACCUUUGUGUAAUCACAAACAUCUUGGAAAAUUGCCCUACUGUAAGUCUUGCUCACCCUUUGGCAAAGUGGAGACAUACAAGAAGAUCUGUCCGCUGGGAGAAGGCUCAUAUGCCAAAGUUUACAAAGCUGUUAGCAGUGUAAAUCAGCAAGUGGUUGCAUUGAAAGAGAUCAGACUACAGCAGGAUGAGGGAACACCAUUCACUGCUAUACGUGAAGCAUCACUCCUCAAGGAUCUUAAACACGCUAAUAUAGUUUGUCUUCAUGACAUCAUUCACACGAAGACAACGCUAUCAUUCGUCUUUGAGUAUGUGCAUACGGACCUGAGUACAUAUCUAGAGAGACACCCUGGGGGCUUGAACCCAUCAAACGUGAAGCUGUUUCUAUUUCAACUCAUCAGAGGGCUAUCCUACUGUCACAAGAGAAAGAUUCUCCACCGAGACCUCAAGCCACAGAACCUUCUCAUUAGCGAAGCAGGGGAACUCAAACUGGCUGAUUUUGGCCUUGCUCGAGCCAAGUCAAUACCAAGCAGGACUUACUCACAUGAGGUGGUGACGCUAUGGUACAGACCACCUGAUGUUCUAAUGGGCUCAACGGACUACUCAACACAACUAGAUAUCUGGGGUGUGGGAUGUAUCUUUCUUGAGAUGAUGUGGGGUCAACCAGCCUUCCCUGGUCUCAAGGAUUCAAACGAUCAGCUAGAAAAGAUCUUCAAGGUUUUAGGAACACCAACAGAACAGACAUGGCAUGGAGUAUCCAGGCUACCAAACUACAGCAAGGUUGUUACAGCAGGUAGAUUCUACAAACCAAAGCUCUUUUGUGAAGUUGUACCAAACAUACUCCUUGUACCUGGUGCAGAAAGCCUUCUUACUGAUAUGUUACAGUUAGAGCCAAGGAAAAGGAUAUCAACAGUGCAAGCAAUGAGUAGCCAAUACUUCAAAGAUCUUCCCCCAAAGAUCUUUGACCUCCCUCAUGGUGCUUCUGUUUUCAAUGUGCCUGGAAUACAACUAGAGCCAGAGAAGAACACAGUUUCCAAGUGAGCGGUAGAACAGAUGUUCCAAACAAAUCUCAAUCCAGAGAUAAUCUUGGACCAAUCAGAGGGCAGCUUUUAUCACCGAGAUAGAAUGCCACAUGAUGUCAUUUGAGGCAAGACAGAAGAGGCCAGUGUAAGAAGCAUGCUGAUUGGCUGUUAAAUGUGCUUUCACAUACCUGUUGGUUGAGGCAAUAUUGGUGGUGGUAUUUGUGACGUAGGCUAAGAAGCUUUGUAUUGUAAGGCCAUCUGUCAUUGGACAAUAGAGGUCCCAAGCCACAAGAGAGGCUUGACAGGAUUGGAUGGAAUUAAUUGCAACAACAUCUUUGUUGUAUAGCUGUUUCUUCAAGAACAAACAUCUCACUUCCAUCUUGACUGAUUUAAGCAUUUCUCUGAAAUUAUUUUAGGUCAUUCAUGCAAACAUGGAAGCCUACAUCCAUUCUCUCUUAAUUGAACAGAGAGAAUCUAAUUGUAAUACACAAAGUACAAUUAAAUUUCAAUUUUAUUUCACCUAACUCAGAAUAGAUGACUACCUAAUAGAAGAUAGGAAGUUUCAAGAAUAUAGAUUUUUUUUAAGAUUAAACUUAACAAUUACACAACUCCUCACAGGUAUCUAUAAAACAAAGCCCACCCCUCCCCCCCCAAAAAAAAAAGGAUGAUAGUAAUAAUGAUAUUAAUUCUAAUCCUUUUUUUCAUAUUUCUUUCCUGUAAGCACAAUUCAUUUUGGGCAUUUUAUUGAAAAUAUUUUGAAGUUUGCUCAUUUCAGUGAAGCAUUUGCUAUGUUAAUUACAUUGAUUGCAUAAAUAUUGCAAUCACAGGGUUGACUUUGAUCUGAAUACUAGAUUUUAGCAUUGCUUUGAAAGAAAAAUGUGUGCAUUGAGGUUUUAUCAGAUAUUGGGAACAUUACAGAAAUGAACAAAAAGUUGGUGUUUAGUCUAACUUUGCAUAAUCAUAGAUGUUUGGUAUUUGGCAUUAUUGACCACUGAAAGAGUCAGUUUAGCAAUUGUAAUAUACCAUACCUCUUUAGAUAAGUUGAUAUUUUACAAAAUUUUUGUGUAUUGAAUAUGUUGAUUUUUUAUUGACUUCUACAAAGUGGCCUUUUAGAGAGCCAAAAUGACAAACAAAGAUAUUUGUAAUGCAAAACCAAUGAUCAAACGCAUCUCUUUAUUUUUGUUGUAAAUAGCCUUAUCUUAAAUAAUUUAUAUGAUAUUCAUUAAAUUUAAUCAUGAUAUAUGAAUCUUGUUGCUACGUAGAUACAUGAUUAGAAGACAGGAUUAGUUCUGAUGGAAUGAUGAUAAUAAAUAUAUUGUUUGCUCAUAGUCAGGAAGUUCCCCGGAUAAUAGUAUUUCAUUAGCAGUACUUUGUGUCAACUGGGCCUGAGCAAACUUCCACACAAAUAGAAAUUAGUGCCAUUGGAAUAUGAAGAUAUUUUUAUAUGAUGAUGCUUUUGUGACAAAACAUGUAAUUAUCUAGAGUUUAAACUUUGGCUUGGAGUCUAGGAUGGAAUUGACCAUGUAUAUCAUGUCAUUUGUAAUAUUUUGCUUGAAUAAUCUCUGUUUAGAUUUAUAGCUACCAAAGUAAUUCAUCUCAUUGAAACUAUCUGAUUUAACAUGUUAAUAAAGACAUUUUUGUGAAUGCACCCUCAAUUUUAUCUAUUUACACUGUAUAAAAGAUUUUAAAAAGUGGAAAAUGAUACACAAACAACAACUCCAAAACUAGAUUUAGAAAAGAUUUAUGCUCUAUCAGAUCUUACAUUGUGCAGAAAUUGUCUUUUAUAUGCAGGAUUACUAAAUAUGACGUUCAUAUUUGAAGUAAUUCUGUUUAAUAAUUGGUGAUAAUUGUUUCGAAAUUAAAUGAUUAUUUAUAUUUAUGUAUAUAAAAACUAAUUCUAAGGAUAAGUGCAAUAGUAUGUUAUUGAAUUGAGAUGCUGGGCAUCUCAUGUAUUUAUGUUUUGUUUUCCUUUACUAUUCCUUCUUUUUUUUAUCUCAUCUUCUAUCGAAAACAUUUUUUUAUAUUUAUUUUUAGUUUAGUUUCAUAUUAAUUCAGCAAAAUCCAGAGAUGAUUUUUCAACUCUUAAACAGUACUGUGUUUUUCUAAUAUUUCAAAUGAUUUGUUUUCACAUUUUGCUUUCCUUUUUCGUUUUCAUGCUCUUUAAUUUUGUAAAUGAGGAAAGACUUGUAAACCCACCUACAUAAGCAUUUUACUCGAUUAAAGUGUACCAAUCAUUGAUAAAUAUAUAUGUGUAUAUUGUCGGUGAAGAGAAUCAAAUUUAAAAAAAAACUGAUGCAGCUGUAUAUGAGCUAAUAGAUAAUGGAUGUGAAGAAAAUUAAAGUAAGAUAUGAGUCUUAAAUGAAAGUAGAGUUCCAUGCAGUUCUAUGUUUGUUACACUUUAAUCCUUUAACACUUUGACUUCUGGAACUGGAUGAUCCAUGUUCAAAGUCUGUGGGAAAGAGUAAUAAGCGGGUUAAGAGAAAAUUUAUAUUACUUCUACAUAGUGGCAUAUCUAGGAGAAUCAGCUCUUGGGGGAAGUGCUUGAAAUCAGGCCCCCCCCCUACAUUUUUUUUUUUACCCAGGCACUCAAACUUAACUUAGCCAUUAUUGCUUCAUUUUUCAUUUAUCAGAUUAAGCUUCCAAAUUAGUUCUUUCUUUUUUUUCUUUUUUAAUCCUUUAAAAAAAUAGCCCCAAGAGCAUGUGCUCAAUCCCCCCUGCCUUUUCUCCUAUUAUAUGCCAAUUGCUUUACCUUUCACAAGUCUGAGCAUGAAUGAUUUUUAAGUAUUGCCUUUAGCGGGCUGUAGAAUGUUUUAAGAUAUAAUAUCUUACUAUUGAUUUUUAAAAAUGUCUUGGACAUUGUGUAUAUUUCUAUUUUGCAUUUGUAAAAUAAAAUUGAACAAAC